AUGACAGUCAAGUGCUUAUUGUGUUCCCUACCGCGCGUAUUCUUAGGCAGCAAUAGGGUUGCCAUGUUCACAGCUUGCAGUGCAUUGCCAGAUUGCCGUCAGCAUCAGUUUCAAUUGAUUUGGCUGGGCGUGCCCUCUAAAGCAAAUAGUGGCGGCAAUUUAGAUGUGCUUGUGACGUUCGCCGUGUUGACUCGUUCCCCUCUUUCACCUUUGCUUACUCGUUCAACGGCUAAGGCAAGACAUUUGCGACCCUGGGGUUCGUCGUCUAGCGAUUUUCAACUCACAGCUAUUGACGAGCGGCACAAGCUGAACGUGACCACGGAAGUCGUAAAGAAGCGUAAGCGUGAAGUGCGCCCCCGGCCGCAGCUAGCAGACUCGUCCGAUGAGCUGCAUGAAUUUGUCAAAGAUCUGGUAAUGGACGAAGAGUUCCAGGCUGAGAGCACUCGUCCUGCUUCAGAAGAUGGCUUCCUGGAUGCGUAUGAUGGAGAAGCUGAUCACGGCCAAGAAGACUCAACUAUAUCAUCGCCUAAUAUGAAACUUGAACGCACAGACAUCGACACCCUGAUCGAUGAGGUCGAUAGGGUUUGCGGACCUAGACCUGAAAUGGAUUUACUUCCUCAAAACCUUGUCCAAAGGAUUGAGGAGCAUGACAGACGCUAUAUGUCAAUUUUCGACGACAUCUUCGACAUGGCACUCACUGUCUCCAAUGAAAACAUAACGGGUUCCCCUUUUAGCGCUGCUAUGCUACAUUGGUGUCAAACAAAUCAACAAGAAGACUCGGAAUGCGCUACUUGAGUUUCUUCUGAACC